AUGGGACAAGGUUACUCCCUCACAACCCUGUCUGCAGGGUCAGCGGGGAUCGACGUGCCGGAGCUCUCAGACUUGGUGUAUGAGAGGUCCAUGGGUGGGGGCAGAUUCAUGAAGAGCAUCCGUGCUAGGCAACAGAAUGGCCUGGUUUUUGUGAAGGUGAUCAUGAAGCCCUAUCCGACCAUGGAACUGGAGCCCUAUGUGAAAGCUAUUAUCCGGGAACGCAAGCUCUUAUCUGAUGUGCCUAAUGCAUUGAGCUAUGAAAGAAUUCUGGAAACCAGUACCAGUGGAUACCUAGUUCGCCAAUACAUUCAUAGCUCUUUGUAUGAUCGAAUGAGCACCCGUCCAUUUCUCGAGGACAUUGAGAAGAAAUGGAUCGCGUUCCAGCUUUUGGGCGCCCUACGAGACUGUCACUCUAUGGAUGUCUUCCACGGCGAUAUCAAAACAGAAAAUAUUCUGGUCACGUCAUGGAAUUGGCUAUAUUUGUCUGACUUUUCUUCUUCGUUCAAGCCUACCUUCCUUCCUGAGGAUAACCCGGCAGACUUUUCUUUUUAUUUUGACAUUUCUGGUAGACGAACCUGUUACCUGGCUCCAGAGAGAUUCCUUGUUGCUGGCGAGGAGCCGGGCAACCGUCAUGUUAAUUGGGCCAUGGAUAUCUUCAGUGCCGGCUGCGUCAUUGCCGAGCUCUUCCUCGAAUCGCCAAUUUUUACUCUCAGUCAAAUGUACAAAUAUCGAAAAGGUGAAUACAGCCCGGAGCAUGGCCAACUUGCGAAAAUCGAGGACCCCGAGAUUCGGGAGUUGAUUUUGCAUAUGAUUCAACUGGAACCCGAGUCUCGGUAUUCUGCAGAGGAGUAUCUGAAUUUCUGGAAGAACAAAGCCUUCCCGGAGUACUUUUACAGCUUUCUCCAUCAAUACAUGUCCCUCAUGACGGAUCCAUCCUCAGGAAGAACGAAGGUCGAUGCAGAGUCAGCCAACAGAGGUGAGACAGACGAUAGGAUAGAGCGAGUCUGUCUGGACUUCGACAAAAUCUCCUACUUUCUUGGCGCCCCAUCUCGAGGGACCCAGAGUGCACCCAGCUCCGGUGUUUCACGACUAACGGGGGAUGUCCUCCCCGUAAAGCUUGAUCUACCGGAUGGAGGGAACAAUCAAUCCUCGGGCGCACAGACGGAUGAGGGUGUUCUGAUUUUUCUGACCCUUGUUGUUUCCAACCUUCGGACAACUUCCAAAGCUUCAGCCCGAAUCAAGGCCUGUGAUAUUCUUCUGGCCUUUGCGGAAAGACUGUCAGAUGAGGCCAAACUCGACCGUGUCCUGCCAUAUAUAAUGAUUCUCUUGGCCGACCCUACAGACAUUGUGAAGGUUGCAGCCAUCCGCACCUUAACACAGUUACUGGAGAUGGUCCACGUAGUAUCUCCAGUAAACGCAUAUCUCUUUCCCGAGUACAUUUUCCCGCGACUCCAGCAUUUUGUCAUUUCCUCCAAGAGCAAUCCAAGUGCCAUGGUUCGUGCUGCAUAUGCCUCGUGUAUCGCAUCUUUGGCGCAGUCUUCGUUGAGGUUCCUGGACAUGAUCCAAGCGCUGCGCUCCGAUACCCGGUUGACUGCAUUGAUCCCUGUCGGGUUUGAACCACGAUGGACCGAAGAUGCCACAUACCACAACCUUUAUGACGUGGCUCGAAUUGAUCUUCUAGAAUACUUCGAGGUCCACACAAAAGCACUCUUGACCGAUACUGAUGCCUCAGUCCGCCGAGCAUUUUUGGGUUCUGUGUCCAGGCUUUGCGUUUUCUUUGGUAAUCUGAAGGCAAACGAGGUUGUCCUCAGUCAUCUGAAUACCUAUCUCAACGAUCGGGACUGGAUUUUAAAGUGUGCAUUUUUUGAGGCUGUCGUUGGCGUUGCUGCGUACGUGGGAAGCACCAGCUUAGAGCAGUACAUUCUGCCCUUGAUGAUCCAGUCUAUGACUGAGCCCGAGGAAUUUGUGGUGGAAAAGGUGAUUCGAUGCCUAGCAGCUAUGGCUGACCUGGGGUUAUUCCAGCGAUCUACAAUAUGGGAUCUGCUUCAUAUUACCAUCGGAUUCUUGGUCCAUCCCAAUAUCUGGAUUCGAGAGGCUGCGGUGAACCUCGUAGUAAAGUCAACCAAGUUCUUGGCCGUGGCUGAUAUUUACUCCAUUUUGACUCCCCUCGUUCGACCUUUUCUCAAGGUAAGGAUAGUCGGUUUUUCUGCGGUUGAAAUUCUCGAUGCUCUCAAGAGCCCAAUGUCAAGGAGCGUGUACGAGAUGGCAUUUCUCUGGGCCUCAAAAUCAGAAAAAGGUAUAUUCUGGAAGUCGGCGAGUCGCGAUGGAGCAUUCAGUCUAUCCGAGCCUGAUGCACACGGAGUUCGAGCUGGGCGUUCCUUUUCUUUGAGUGCACAUUCAAAAAAUGAAGAAGACGAACAAUGGCUUACCAGGCUGCGGAACCUUGGAAUGAGCUCUGAAGAUGAAUUCAAGCUUCUUGCACUCAAAGAUUAUAUCUGGAGGGUCUCGCUGAGACAAGCAAGGGACGUUGACGCCCAGCCUACCCUACCAUGGAACGACAUCAUCAGUUUGUCACAUCACGGCCUUACACCCCAAACCGUUUUCUUUGAUAAGAACGUGAACGAUAAACCACAAAGUACAUCUCAGGGUCGCCCCGAAAGCCCAAGGCCCGAAGAUUUGAGGCCGCGAACUAUUGCUGAUGCGCUGCUCGAUGCCUCUACGACUAUUGAGCGGGCUCCUCACUCUCACAAGCACAUUCGAUCAAGGAGCCAGCUCCACAAGGAGAUAGAAAUCGCACGCCCAGGUCUCCCGGAAAUUGCAGUGGAUUCCUCUUCAUCUUCUCCUGCGGCUUCAUCUCCUGGUGGGGGGCAGGGGGCUAGACAGUUCUCUCCACCAACCUCUCAUAUCCCCUAUCGUCGACUGAGCAUUGGCCAAGAGAGCUUGUCGACAACGCCAACUAAUACAGACAACAUGUCGCUUAAAAGUGACAGAGUUCAAAAGAAAUCUAGCGCAAUAAACCUUCUCGGUCGCAACGAGACCGCGAAAACGCAUGCGGAAACAAGCACGAACUCUGCCAAUGCGUUUGGAAAGGUGGAUGCUCCCGUCCAAAGAGCAGGGACCCCCCAGCCAUCAGGUCUCACUCAGGCAUAUGAACGCAUGCCAGUUCAAGCAGCAGCGCGGCGGUAUCGUGCCAACCACUCGUAUACAGGCGAUGACCCUGCAGUGUUGCGACUGUUGGAUAAUGUCUUUGCUGAAAACUACCCGACCGAUUUAUUCGACCUAGGACCAUAUGUCAAGGAGCUAGAUCUACGAUUACCAAUCCGCAAAGCAAACACACACGAUCCUAAUAAGAUAUGGAGGCCCGAUGGGAACUUGGUGGCGACCUUUGGAGAGCAUAGCGGUCCGGUGAAUCGUAUUGCCGUACCACCAGAUCAUUCUUUCUUUGUCACUGCAUCCGAUGACAGCACCGUCAAAAUAUGGGAUACGACGCGCUUGGAGAGAAACUUGACCCCUCGCUCCCGCCAGACCCAUCGUCAUGCGACCGGAGCACGGGUACAGGCAUUGACAUUCGUUGAAAACACAUACACCUUCGUGAGCGGGGCCACAGAUGGCAGUAUUCAUGCUGUUCGAGUGGACUACCACAAAGUCAACGAAACUGCACGCUACGGGAAGCUCCAACUUGUCCGCGAGUAUCAACUGCCUCCCAUGGAGAACGGGUCACCCGAGUAUGCUGUCUGGAUGGAACACUUUAGAGAUGAAGGUCAGUCAACAAUUCUCGUUGCAACCAACGCCUGUCGUAUUCUCGCGAUAGACAUGAAGACCAUGCUGCCGAUUUACACACUUGAUAAUCCCGUGCAUCACGGAACCCCGACCACGUUCUGCUGUGAUCGCCGGCACACUUGGCUUCUCGUGGGCACGACCCAUGGCAUCUUGGAUCUGUGGGAUCUCCGUUUCCGAGUCCGACUCAAGGCAUGGGGUCUCCCCGGCUGGGGAUCCAUUCAGCGAAUUCAAUUACACCCUACGAAGCCACGAGGACGCUGGGUUUGUGUAUCCAGUAGCGGCAGCCACGGCAAUGAAAUUACAGUGUGGGAUAUUGAACGAUUCCGCUGCCGCGAGGUCUACCAAGCAACGCCACUAGACACGCAUGAGAACAGCCCCAAUGGAACCAAUCGUGCCUCACGUCCCGCCAAUGCCCGUGGGCAACGAACAAUGGCGAGGGACUUUGAAGCAUGGCCCGUGGACGAAGACCGACCAGAGGGGAUGCUCAGUCGCUUUGCGACCGCAAGUCCUGCGGCAGGCAUGCCGAUCGGACAAAAUGGCUCCGCAUCACCACCCAACACACCUUCUGGGGAUCGGCUUGGGACCUGGGCAUUUGCAGUGGGUCUGAAUGCCCCUGAUGACGACAAAGCUUCUAGCAGCCGAUGCGGGUUCAUCGUGUCUGCGGGGUGCGACCGGAAAAUCCGGUUCUGGGACCUUGCACGCCCUGAACUGUCGAUGAUAGUCAGUGGGAUGGACGCCGUGUCGGAGGGCGCUAACGCUGGCAAGCCGCGCUAUGAACUUUCUCAACCGGGGCCGAAUCUCGUGGUGACGACCGAGCACCUGCCCAGUGCACCUGGGCAUGCGGGAGGGUCUCGGAAGGGGCAAAGCUCACGUCCUCCCCGCAGCACGGUUAUCAGUCUCCAGCAACAGAUGCUUUUGAAGAGUCAUUUGGAUAUUAUCCAAGAUGUUGCUGUACUGCGACAGCCGUACGGAAUGAUUGUUAGUGUUGACCGGGCGGGUAUGAUCUAUGUCUUUCGAUGA